AUGCACCGGGAGCUACGCACUCGGCUGUCGCUGGUUCAACCCAGUGUCCAGGCAUCUGUUGCUAAGAAACAGACAGCUCAGCGUAGUGCAAGAUCAGCGAACCGUGAGCGCACGUUUGCUGUGGAUGACACCGUCAUGGUACGUGACUACCGCACCAACGCACCACACCCGUGGAUUCAGGGCACAGUGCAAGCGGAAAACGGCUCCCGCCACUAUACAGUGGAAGUUGGCCCAGACCAGCAAUGGAGGCGCCAUGUUGAACAGCUCCGGUCAGCCGACUCCGCUCCGCAAUCAUCCGUACCGAUGAACACAGCGCCUUUGCCGUCCGUGGCAGAACCGGAUCACAGUUGGUGCUUUCCGACUGCUCAUUCGCCAGCUAGUGUUCCGACACCACCCAGUGUCCAAGCCGCUGCUACUCCAACACCUCCGCCUGCGCAAACACCAGUAGCAGCAACUACGGCAACGCAGCAGGUCCAGUCGCCGCUGGCACAAGAUACGACUGAACCCCGCCGUAACCCGCCGAGAGCCCGAGUCCUGCCGGCUCGCCUGAGAGACUGA